GCUGUUUGCCCUCCAAGUCCAUGUGCGCAGCGAAGUGGACCGUCGCCCACGCAGUGUGCCGAGGUCCAUGUGUGACCGGCUGUGCCGUGACAAAAAGUCAACACUAGCUAGCGAGCUAGCGCUAGUGAGUUUGGUUAGCUUGCUGGCGUUAGCUUCCAGCCCGGACAAUAACAGCCUCGCAACGAGAGCUCCUGUGUCACAUUAACUGCACGUCCUGUGGUUUGUGUCAAGAGUUGUCUUCGCGUGCACAUGUGCAGGUCUUGGGUUUGGCCAGCUGUCGACGUAGUUCACUUGUUCGUGCUUUGCAUUGUUGGUGAUGUUAGCAAAUAAAGCCAUUCCAUUGUCCACUGCUGUUCCUCCACCGGCUCAUGGGUGAAGAAAUAACACGUGAAGACAGAGGUGCCUCCUGAAAUCCCUCUCAGGCUCCCUCACUGUGCAGCUGUAUCAUUACAGGUGCAGCUCCGAUAUGACUAAGAGAAGUCCAUCUUACCAGCUGGUCAAAAGCGGUUAGGCACAGAUGAACAUUACCCUUCCGAAAUGUGACAGGAUGCUGAACCAUCACUGCAGAAGGAACCCAGAGCUUCAUGAGGAGCUCCAGAUCCAGGCUGCAGUGGCAGCUGGGGAUGUCUGCACUGUCAGGAGAAUGCUGGAGCAAGGGUACUCACCCAAGAUCCGCGACGCAAACGGCUGGACUCUGCUCCACUUCUCCGCUGCCAAAGGAAAAGAGAGAUGUGUCCGAGUCUUUCUGGAGCAUGGAGCUGACCCCACAGUGAAGGACUUCAUAGGUGGCUUCACAGCACUUCACUAUGCUGCUAUGCAUGGCAGAGCACGCAUCGCCAGACUGAUGCUGGAAUCCGAGUUUCGCAGUGACAUUAUAAAUGCAAAAAGCAACGACGGCUGGACGCCGCUGCACGUGGCCGCCCACUACGGUCGAGACUCUUUUGUACGCCUCCUCCUCGAGUUCAGGGCCGAGGUGGACCCACUGAGCGAUAAAGGCACCACGCCGCUGCAGCUGGCCAUUAUCCGGGAGCGCUCCAGUUGCGUACGGAUCCUUUUGGACCACAGUGCCAACAUUGACAUUCAGAAUGGCUUCCUGCUGCGGUAUGCCGUCAUCAAAGGCAAUCACUCGUACUGCCGCAUGUUCCUGCAGAGGGGAGCGGACACAAACCUGGGACGUCUUGAAGAUGGCCAAACUCCCCUGCACCUGUCAGCCCUCAGGGAUGAUGUAUUGUGUGCCCAGAUGCUCUACACGUAUGGAGCUAAUACUAACGCCAGGAACUAUGACGGCCAGACACCUGUAGCUGUAUCUGUUAGCAUGUCAGGAAUCAGCCGGCCCUGUCUGGACUUCCUGCAGGAGGUCACCAGACAACCAAGGACUCUGCAAGACUUGUGUCGAAUAAAAAUCCGUCACUGCAUCGGCCUUCAGAGCUUGAAGUUCCUGGAGGAUCUACCAAUUGCAAAGGUUAUGAAAGACUAUUUAAAACACAAGUUUGACAAUGUGUGAAGGAGGAUACAACAGAAGAGGAGGGAGUGGCUGAAAACCCUCUGUGCUAUCAGUUAUGAAGACUAUGCAAUCACCCAUCAACAUGUCUGUUCCUUACUUGCUGAAGGAAGGUCGAUCCUGUUUUUGUCCAGUUCAACACACUUCAACAAAUAGUUUCCCACGUCACUCCUGGUUGCUGAAGGAUGGAAGUAGAGCUGGCUUGUGUGAGCAGCAAUUAUUGUUUUUGUGGGAAUACGAAACCUCAUUUGAAUUCUUUUUAUGUUACUGUGCACGAUAUUAUCCUUGUUGACUCAGAUUGUCAUCGAAUGUGUACUUUCAAUGAAUAUACUUUAAUUUAUUUCCCCCUAUAGGAUGUUAAACUCGAGCUGUUGCAGUGGAGAUUUUAUUGCUCAGAAUCACAAAGUGGUGAGCUAGUUACAUACAGGUAACUUAAAACAUCUACAAGGUACAUUCUGGUGGGUUUUUUGUUUUUAAAUCUGGUUCCAAUCACUACCAGCUUCUCCAGUUACUUCAAUGACUCAUGAAGCAAACAGAGCUGUUGGGCCCGUCGACAGAUAUGUCCCACACAGAAACAAUUGAUGAAUCUUAUUUCAACGUAGCUAUUUAGUUAUGUCGACAUAGAAAAGUAGUGUUACAAGAAAUAAGCUGGAUCCCCAUGUGGUCACUUAUAUCAAUCAUCGUUCUAUAACAAACAACCAGCCACAACGUGCCAGAAUUUGGAAAUCCACAUCUGCUCUAGGGUCAAAUUUGGCUAAAAUUUGCGGCAGGUGGGUUUGAGUUUAAACUGCUGACUCUGUACAGUGACAGCAUAACAUCAGAUGUAACGUCAGCAGAAGUGAAAGUCUACAAAUGGUCCUUCCAGCUCCAUGCUGAUUCUUUGGAGCUGAAUUUUUAAGUAUCAAAAGAAAGCUGAGGUUUUAGAUUAAGGUCGCAAGGUUGAUAAAUAGUGCUGUAAUGAAAUCAGACAGGAUUAGAUUGAAUCUUCGCUCCACAUUGCUUCUGAUAUACAAGAAUGACCAGGAAGAAUAUAAUGCAGUCCGAAUUCUCAAAUCUAAUGCAUAGAAUUAAUUGUGUUAAACAGCUUAAGUGUUGAGCAAUGAUCAACCACCAAUCAAGUUGCGUUUUCCAUUUCUAAACUCUAUGGAAGGUUGGAAGUUUGAAGUGAGUGCACUGUGAUUCGUUUCUGUUCUGAAAGCACCACAUGUUCUCACUGAAGGUGUGGUUUAACAAGAAUAACAGCUAAUAGUCUGUUUUGGAUAACACUGACACACAAUCACUACAGUCUAUGUAAAUAUGUACAACAGAUAUUUUUGUAGAAUUUAUUUAAGCAAUGAUUUCUGGUAUUCUCAAUGUAUUUAAAGUUUGGAUUUAAUAUUAUGAUCUGUUUGGUGUGACUCUUUCUUUUUUGCGUGUGAAUUAUACUGUGAAGUUUUCAUUUUGACAUUUAGAAAUAAAUUGUAGGGGUCUAAAUAAAUACCCACAAGACAAUAAUAUGUUUUUAUUUGUCUCUGCAUGUGUUUAAAUUGCAUCCUGAACGUACUUGGCACCUAAAAUUGGUUUUCCUAAAAUCUUCACAAUCUUACAAAUGUCACUUUCCUGUUCAUGUUUAAUUUUAACUUAGCAGCUCUUUGUAUGAGGAUAUUUUGUAUUCAAGUAAACUGAGACAAAUACUUUUUCCUGUUACCAAAAAUGGUUGGAAAAUGUAAGGUGAGGUUCAGGAGAGUUGCUUGGAUUUGUUUUAACUGGUAUUUCACUCUCUCCAAUUUUGUGGGCUGCGUCCAUCAAAGGCUCUUUAAAGACUGAAUACAGUGUCCAGUGCAGUUUUGGAUAAAUCUGGUUUAAUCUAUAGGUGCCCUUUGGAAUUUACAACUCAAACACACAAAUGUUUACAUUCAUAUAAGUCACUUCAACACAUUGCAGUCUAAGAAAUGUUCAAGUGUAUUUCCUUCCACAUUAAACCUCCACAUGGAACAG